CGAUAAGCGAUUGCCGAUAAUCCUCACGCAUUUGCGCUCUUUUGCAGUUCAAUAUUCAGUUAUCUAGGAAGUAAAAUAAAUUUGACAUUAUUUAACAAUUGACGGCCCACAAAAUGUCGGUUUGCAGUUCUGCCGAAAUUGCCGAAAAGAGACGUCUUGCCAUAGCUAAAUUGCAGGCCAAAAAGGCGGCGUCUUCCACUACAAAUGCCAACGAACAGUUGAGCGCCAAGUCAGCAGCAAAGUUUUACAAUUCCCCGCCACAAAGUAACAACAAUAAACCAGCAACAAGUGGAAGUUUAAACACCAACAAGAGUUCAGCUUUUCUGAAUGCUCUUAAGGCUAUCAAAACCACCAGCAAUCGAGAACUAAGCCGUGCUUCAGCGCAUCCCUAUCAGCGUCCCAAUGGAGGACCAAGUAGACCCAGUUUAAGCCUCAGUCCAGAGAAGAAGGACCCAAGUGGCAGCAACCUGGCGCCAGUUUUCAUUAAAGCUGUGACCUGUCGUAUCUAUUUGAUCAGUGCCCACAGAUUUGCGGUAGAACCUUCCGCCUACCACGAGAAACUCAUUCAAGUCUUUAAGAUGAUGCCCACCAAAUCGUAUGAUAGUCACACACGCAUCUGGGACUUCGAUCUAAAAGAUUAUCAAGCGCUGCAGCAACACGUGGGCGACAUGAAACCGCAUGUGGUGAUCGGCAGCAUACCAAAGAAAGUCAUGGACCUGUGUCAACAAACGCCAAAGCCACUCGAACGGAGCGUUCUGGCUUCUAUUGCACCCACGCUGGCCGAAAAACUGAUGCCGUUUCAGGAGGAGGGCGUCUGCUUUGCCAUUGCUCAGCAGGGUCGAGUUAUGAUCUGUGAUGAAAUGGGCUUGGGCAAAACAUAUCAAGCUUUGGCCGUGGCUGAUUACUUCAAGGACGAUUGGCCUCUGUUGAUAUGCACCACGGCCAGCACACGUGAUGCCUGGGCUCGUCACAUUGCCGAGUUGUUGCCUGCGGUGCCGUUGCACUAUGUCCAGGUGCUGGCCAAUAAUCAAACGUAUGUGGGCGAGGCUCAGGUGUUGAUUGCCAGCUACAACAUGAUGGAGCGUCACAUGGAUAAGUUGUCGCAGCGCAAGUUUGGCAUUGUCAUCUACGAUGAAUCGCACACACUGAAGAACAGCAAAGCCAAGUGCACCACGGUGGCCAAGCGAUUAGCGGAGACAGCCAAAAGAGUUAUCUUAUUGUCUGGCACGCCAGCUCUAUCGCGUCCUCUUGAAUUGUUCACGCAGCUGCAGCUGGUGGACAGUCGCUUCAUGAACUUUAUUGAAUUUACCACGCGCUAUUGCGAUGGCAAGCAAACCAACUUUGGCUGGGAUGCGAAUGGUCAAUCAAAUUUACAUGAACUCAAGAUCAUUUUACUGCUCAAAUAUAUGUUGCGUCGCACCAAGGCGGAGGUAUUGCCGCAGCUGGCUGAGAAGAAUCGUGAGACAGUUGUGCUUGAUCCGGCGCUGGUCUGGACAGAUGAGAAUGCCCAGACGACUUGCAAAGAUCUCAAUUCAGAGCUGAAGUCUGCCAAAGGCAGAUCUCGCGAGGAAGUCUUGCUGCGUUUCUAUGCGCGCACAGCAGAAGUCAAAACACGCGCUGUGUGCGCCUAUUUGAAGACAUUGAUUAAGGAGAAAGUAAAGUUUAUAAUCUUUGCGCAUCAUCGUGUGAUGCUGGAUGCUAUAAGUGAUUGUUUAACUGGUCUUAAGGUCAACUAUAUACGCAUCGAUGGACAAACGCGCAGCGAUCUGCGAGCUGAUUAUGUAGACAAAUUUCAAAAGCAAAGCAACUGCAAGGUAGCGGUGCUUUCCCUAAAGGCGUGCAACUCCGGCAUCACUUUGACGGCUGCCGAGAUGAUUGUGUUCGCCGAGCUAGACUGGAAUCCAAGCACUUUGGCGCAGGCGGAGAGUCGAGCUCAUCGCAUAGGCCAAACUAAGCCGGUGGUGUGUCGCUAUUUAAUGGCAACGCAAACAGCAGACGACACCAUCUGGAACAUGCUAAAGAACAAGCAAGAGGUGCUCAGCAAAGUGGGCAUCUUUGCGGAGAAUUUGCAGAAGGCAACGCACACAACAGCGCCCACGAUUUCUCACAAGAUGGAAGAGUUUUUCUCGCCUGCUAAAUCUGAAGCAGCUUCACCGGCAGCUGGAACUUUAAAGCAAUACUUUGCGCCAGCGACAGCAGCAAAAACCGAGUCAAACAACAACGUGGAUUCUGCACAGGAUAUUGCCGCAUUUUUCGAUGAAGACGAUGAUGAUGCUUUCAAGGAUUUAGUGUGUUGAUUGUUAAUUUCUACCUAUGUAAUUAUACUAAUAAAUUAUGCUGUUUGUAAAUGAAUAUAAAA